AUGCCUGCAGGCGUCUACUGCGAGGCCGCAGAAAAGUGCUUGCGUCGAAAGACGCGCACCGUCUACGUGGGGGAAGUGCCGGUGGGCUCCGAGCACCCCAUUGCCACCCAGACCAUGACAACAACGCUCACCAGUGACGUCGAUGCUACCGUUGCACAGGUCAAGAAGUGUGCUGAUAUGGGCAUCGAUAUUGUUCGAGUCACCGUGCAGGGCAUGAAGGAAGCAAAAGCCUGCGAGCACAUCAAGAACAAGCUGCUGGAGGAUGGCUACAAGACUCCGAUUGUGGCAGACAUCCAUUUCACGCCGAAGGUUGCAUUGGUAUGUGCAGAUUUUGUGGACAAGGUCCGGGUCAACCCUGGGAAUUUCACGGAAGGCCGUAAAUCCUUCGACACCAUUGAUGAGCUGUCAGAGGAGGACGUGAAUGAAGCCAGGGAGGCCAUUGAAGAAGCGCUGACGCCUUUGGUCUUGAAGCUGAAGGAGCAGAACAAGUCCAUGCGGAUCGGUGUGAACCACGGCUCCCUCUCGGAGCGAAUCCUCUUUCAGUACGGAGAUUCGCCUGAAGGCAUGGUGGCCUCCGCCAUUGAGUUCGGAGAGGUGUGCCGGAAGAACGACUUCCACAACUUCAUUUUUAGCAUGAAGUCCUCCAACCCACAGGUGAUGGUGAACGCGUACCGGCAGCUUGCCCGGGAGAUGUACAAGCUGGGCUGGGACUACCCCUUGCACCUGGGGGUCACAGAAGCGGGCGGCGGUGCUGAUGGCCGCAUCAAGUCGGCGGUGGGCAUCGGGGCUCUGCUGCAAGACGGUCUGGGUGACACCAUCCGGGUGAGCCUCACAGAGGACCCCGAGUUUGAGGCGAAGCCGUGCAUCGCCCUGCGAGGUGUCGCAGAGAGGUCUUUGGGCCAGGGAGUGGAGCCCUUCGAAGAGCACACGAAGCGGCGCGAGGGCGUCUUCUCACGGCGGGAUUGCGACUUUCCUCUCGACAUCCCUCUGAACGUGGAUGGCUCCGUUCUGACGUCAAUGACCGUCAAGGAGCUUGCAGGCCUCGACACCGCUGCUCUUUGCGACCGCCUGGGCCUUCGUCUUCGAGCUGAUGGCGACGUGCAGAAGGACUGGAAGAGCGUGGAUGUGGUGGUCCUGGAUGGCAUGGUCACACCCAACGUUGGUGUGAAGCUGAAGACUCUCCUGGAUGUGCCUACAGGUGUGCUUUGCAAGGCCGGCCCGAACGUCCCCGAGGGUGCCACAGUCAUGAUGAGUGCUGAGGAUGCGGCCGGAGGCCGGCGGAUGAUGCCUGAGCGCCUGGGCGGCUACGCGCUGCUUUUCACCGGCAAAGAGUCUCAGGAGACCAUGAAGGCUGCACUGGAGAAGUCCUCGCCCAGAAUGCUGUUGCUGAAGCCGGCCAUCAGGGACGGCAGGACUUUCCUUGCCAGGAGAUUUUUCGUCAAUGUCAUGCAGUGCAAGUCGCGUGUUCCAGCGAUGCUGUGGUUUGACUACGCCAAGGAGGACGGGAAGGACCAGGAUGAUAUUGUUGUCGAAGCCGCUGCAGACUUCGGCAGCCUUUUUGUGGAUGGUAUGGGCGAAGGCCUCCUGUGGGAUGCGGAGGAGCUCUCCGCAGAUGAGCUGCGGGAGUCUUCCUUCAACUUGCUCCAGGCUUCUCGCAUGCGCAUCUCCAAGACUGAGUUCAUCAGCUGCCCCUCCUGCGGCCGGACGCUCUUUGACUUGCAGUCCACGACGGCCAAGAUCCAGGAGCGAACGGGCCAUUUGCCAGGUGUUCGAGUCGCCAUCAUGGGCUGCAUCGUGAAUGGGCCAGGUGAGAUGGCAGACGCUGAUUUUGGAUAUGUUGGUAGCGGCAUUGGCAAGGUGGAUCUUUACGUCAAGUACGACUGCGUGAAGAAGGCCAUCCCCUCUGAGAAUGCCGUGGAGGCUUUGGUGGACCUCAUCAAGGAGCACGGGCGUUGGACUGACCCGGCGGACCUGGAGGAUGUAGAGGCGGAGGCAAGUUGCCUGGGCGCAGGUGUCAAGAGGUCGGAGCAGUGGCAGUGCUGUGAUCUUGACUCGGCCUCCAUGCUGGGCAAAGUUGAUGCCAUAGACUGCGAAAUGGCCACAGAGGAGAUUCUUCGCCAAGAGACGCUGGGCGUUCUCAAGAAGAAGAGUAUUCAGAAUCGAUUCUUUGUUCUAUACAAGGAUCGCCUGGAUUAUCACACCUCGGAAGAGGAGCUGAAGCCGGACCAGCCGCGAGGCCGUUUGUCCCUCAACGAGGUGGAACGCCUGGAGGCUCAGGAGGAUGGCUUCACUCUGAUGCUGUUGGGAGGUCAAAGCCUGACAUUGAAGAUGUCGGAGGGGUCCUUGCAGCAGUGGCUGUCGACGCUCCGGCCCUUGCUGAAGGCAAGUGCCGCGGGGGAGGCAGCCACGGCGAAGAUUGUGCACUUCGGUUACUUGACCGUUGAGCGCAAGGGCAAGGCAAUCUCCCCCUUCUUUGUCUUGCGACCAGACAGCUUGGAUCGGCACGAGUCGCAGGCUGACUUCGAAAAGGGCCAGGCUCCAAGAGGCCAGCAGUUGCUCUCCGAGAUUGAGCGCUUUGUGGUGAAAGAUUUGCGCUUCGUCGUCGAAGUGAGGAAUCAAAGCAAGCCAUUUGAGCUCCGCCUGGACGAAGACAAGGCGCUGGACUUCAAGGAGUGGACCAAGGCCUUCCACAAGGUCCUCUUUCCGAGCCUGGGCGACAACUUUGUGGUGGCGGCAGGCCCGCCUUUGGCCCCGUCCCUGCCAUCAGACGCGGGCCAUACCAGCGCUAGUGCCAGUAGCAAAACCACACCGCGGGAAGCACCCCCCCUUCUUUGUGAGGGCUAUUUGAUGAUUCAGAAGAAAGACAGAGAAGAAAGCAGGUACUGCGUUUUGCGCUCGAACAGCUUCGAGUACUUCAUCAAUGAGAAAGAGUACCGCGCAGGCGCUGCAGCCCGAUGCCGCGCCCUCAUGGAGGACAUCACUGCCUUUGAGGUGGAAAAUGAUGUCAUGGUGGUAAAGCUUGGCGACAAGAGCCUGCAGAUGAGGGCAACAAGUGAGGAGGAGCUAAGCAGGUGGCGCACCGCGUGGGAGACGGACCCAGAGGAUGCUCAGGCGACCGUGUCGACGCCUGCUCGCCCAGAAGAGAAGGUGUCUGAGCAGCUGUGCUGCGGCAGGUUUUACUUCCGGCAAGGCGACGUGGAGGCCUACCAAGCCGCCUCGCAGGAAUGGUUGCCAGCAGUAAGCACCGGCUCCAAAGAGGAACGCCAACUGAUCUGGCUGGAAGACGGUAGCUUCCAGGAGUUGCCCGCAGAGCAUGUGCGCCAGAGCCAAAUCAAGGCCCAGCUUGUGACCCUAGUGCUGCGACAGGAUUCCUUGGAGAUCUUUGAGGCCGGCAGUUCGGAUCCAUCCGCCGAUGCGACUGGCACUCCCAUCAAGCGGCUCCUCGUUGACGAGAUUGAGGACUUAGAGGUCGAAGAGGAGAACAACAGAUUCGUGAUCUUCCUGCCCAAGCAUUGGAAGUUUGAGCUUUCAUCACCGAUUGGUAAAUCCUUGGACGAGUGGUACACGGAGCUCACCAAAGUGUUCGAGGAGAUAGACUCGCAGGUCUCACGAGCAUCCAUUCGGGAGGCCAAGGACAUUGAAGAGGAACCCGACGCAGAGGUGGCGAGCCUUGCCAGGGAUUUGAUGCAGGCGGUGAAGACGGUCAAUGCCAUGCUGAAGACACAGCGAGUGGUGAAAGAAAAGGAGGUCAACAAUGUGCCGGAUCUGUUCAAGGCACUGGAUCAGGCCGAUGCCGGCGAGAUUCCUCCUGCAGACUUCGCAGAGGCCUUGAAAGGCUUGAACAUCGGCCUUAGCCAAGAUCAGCUGGACGAGAUGGUGCUGGCCAUGGACAUGGGCAAUGCAGGAGGGAUCACUUUGCCAGAGCUAGAGCAGGUCCUGCAGAUGGACGAGAAGGCCUCCGUGCUUGUAGCGAAGAAAGUGCGGGAGAAAAAGGCGGAGAAGCCAGAGGUUCAGGUUCAGGAGAAGGAGCUUCGAUCCAUCAGCUCGGUGCGCUUUUCAGACAUCGAUAUGAACCACGAUGGUGUCAUCAGCAAAGAGGAGUUCGAGAAGUUCCAGUCGGAUCUUCUCGCCAAGGCAGAGCCAGUGGCGCGGCCGCUCCCCGGGGAGAUGGAGGACGACAUCCUGCAGCAGCCAAGUUCCCCCAGCAGGCCAGCUCGGAAUCGAGCGAUUUUCUCUGGAGCGGUCGACGUGGAUGGAGAGAAGAGGCACGGCGUGCUCUAUCCGGACCGACUGGCAUUCUUCGAGAAUGCAGAGGAUAUCGUAUAUGCAGAUCCGGUGAGGACUGUGAGCUUGCGAGAUAUGCAGAGCGUCAAGGUCACUGCCGGAACCUUCGACAUUCAGGCGGGGACCAGCUUAGUGCGUGUGCGGAUACGUCAAGACUUUGAGAAAUGGCAGUCAAGCCUUGAAGAGGUUGUAGCGCCCACCUUCGAAAAGAAGGGCAAUCGCAAGAUGGUGGAGUGGGUGAAUUUGCGGCCGCCCAUCGACUCGCCUGUGCAGCUGCCCAAGCCAGGUGUGACCAAGCCCAUGCACCAUGGUCCUCUGAAGGUGGCACGCGAUGACGGCUCUGAGCAGGUUCGCUACUUCCUGGUGUACAGCGACCGCUUCGAGUACUUUGCAGAUGCUGCGAGUGCUCAACGGGGUGACGAAGGAGACGUCGUCCAUGCCAUGGAUGUCAAAGCUGUCCGAGUAGUUGAGGAUGCCUUCAUCUUUGAGCUCCGCGAUGCCAGCCUGGAAGUUCGAGUGCCCGUCGGGGAGGACAUGGAGAUUUGGGUCGUGGCCUUCCAGCUUCUCUUCCACCCCCAGAACGAGGCCAGCCAAACGCCCAACAACGUGGACGACGUCACGCGGAACAUCUUGAACAGGCGCAGCCCCUUCCACAAGGAUGUGCGCUUGGAGAAAAGCAAGUUCGACAACACAGAGAUCGCUGGUGAGGUGCAAGAUGAACAUAUCCAGCACUGGAUUCAGACCCUGCCGGAGAAGGUGGUGCACUGGGGCUUGUUGGGCUUCCAACACCAGCAGCGCCUUGUGGUGCGGCUCAGCAUCCUCUUCAAGGACCGCCUCGACAGCUGGAGCAGUGCCCAGAAGGCGAGCUUUGGAUUCAAGGAGGACAGCCGCAUUCUGAUGUCCAGCAUUCGCGGUGUGGAGACGGUGAGUGGAGGCUUGAUUCUCAACCUCGGAGGCAAGAAAGUUGGCAUUCACGUCGGCGACAACGAACAUCUUCACCAUUGGUCGAGCGCCCUGCUGAGCAUCCUUGCGCCCAACAAGGCCGAGCACCAGUCCCGGGACAUCUCUAGCCCGGAGAAUCGGCGAGCCAGGUCGGAGACGCCGCGUGCGACGCCUCGAAAGGGUCGUGACUGGGUUCCAGAGGUGGCCUUUAAGAGCACGAAGUCCAUCCAGGCAGGAGGACAAAUUCGUUCAGCCAAGAUGAGCCAGCCACGGGUCACCAUCGUGGGCCGCGGCGCGGUGGACUUGGGCCACCUGCAGAAGGAGCAGGACUUGAAGCGCUUCUGCAUUAACACGCACAAGGGCGCUUCGGAAGCCCUGGAAGUACUUCAUGGGAAGCAGGGCAAGUUCUUGGCCAUGUCCUAUCACCCUGGCGCUCGGAGGCACGUGCAAUCUGACAUCUCGGAGAAGCCCUACACACGCAGCCUUGCUCUCGCAUUGGUCCGAGCUGCUUGCAGCCAGCGCCGAAUUGAUCGGCCUGCAUGGCUGCAAGCUGCACGUCAGCUGGGCCGUACUUUAGGCGCGUAGUGCCAAUGC